AUGGUGGAUUUCUCCGUUGCGCCGCUAUCGCUGGCGAAAGAGCGUUUGGUUGCUUAUGAUGUUACAGUACCGCUUGGCACAGCAAAUUUUGUGACAAUUUUCCGGCAUCCGAAAAACAGCAAUACCCGAAACAUUUUCCUACUUCCAUUUCAGAAUGUCGUUUGGAUAGCACUGCUAGUGAUUUUGGCUCUCGCGUCUGUAGUUUUACUAGUGGCCUUUCGCGUUGAGCGUCGAUCGGAUGCCAUCUGCAACUGCCAGUUUCUACUGGCCAUUCUCGGAUUCCUCUGUCAGCAGGCAUACUCUGGACGGACAUCUGCCAUCUCGUCUCGAAUCACUAUCAAAGCGGUUAUUGUGUUCUCCGUCAUCAUCUACCAAUUCUACUCGACUUUCAUCAUCGGCUACCUAUUGGUUUUACCACCGAAGAGUAUCCGCACUACGAAACAGUUGCUAGGAAGCGAUCUCAAGUACUCGAUCGAAGAUCUUACGUACAACCAUGACUUCUUCAAUAGAACCAAAGAUGCCACUGCGCUGGAGCUGUACAGUCGUAAGAUCCUCCCGAAUAAUUGCAGCUUUUCAGAAUCCUUCGACGAGCACCAGAUCUGUGAGCUUCAGGAAAUAUCGCUCUAUCCGUCUCGUCCGCUGUAUGUUCCGGUACCGAAGGGAAGCCCGUUGAAGGAGAUCUUCCGAGUUUCACUCAGACGGAUGCUGGAAACAAGUGUAGCCGGGUACUUCAAGAGGAUUUUUUUCCCAAGCAAGCCCCAAUGCAUGAAAAAGGAUUUUGCAUUUGUACAGGUGAGCUUUGGGGAUAUCGCUAGCUUGUAUUGGCUACUGGCAGUUGGAGCGAUUUUCGGGAUAGCGGUUUUACUAGUGGAAGUGGUUGAGUUUCGAAUCCGGAGGUACCUGGAGAUGAGGCAUUUCCUGCGGCAGUAUCCCGUUUGGUUGGAUUGA